CUUUCACUCUUUGUCCUUCAUCUCUCUCCCAGCAUACAGCUCCUUCUUGUAUCUGUCAAGAGCGCUGAUUGUUCCCCUGCUGGAAGUAGCUUUCGAGUCGGCUCAAGCGCGAAACGCUCAGUCUAACUAUGGGCUACCUGUACCCCUCCCUGGCGAUAUCAGGGACUUCGACAGCCAUCGUUGUGGGGUUAUACCUCUUGUUCACGGGACAAGGCGAGGCGUUCAAUGUCGGCCAAUUCCUCGCGGAGAGCUCACCGUAUGCCUGGGCAUUAGUCGGCACUGGAUUAUGUAUAGGUCUGAGUGUAUUGGGUGCUGGAUGGGGAAUCUUCAUCACUGGCGCAUCGAUCCUAGGAGCAGGUGUCAGAGCACCAAGAAUUAGGACCAAAAACUUGAUCUCUAUCAUCUUUUGCGAAGUCGUCGCUAUCUACGGCGUCAUCAUCGCCAUCAUCUUCUCCGCCAAGAUCAAUGGCAACGUUCAAAACAUGUACACCACCAACAACUACUUUACGGGCUUUGCCAUCUUCUGGGGAGGUCUAGCUGUUGGUUUGUGUAAUUUGUUUUGCGGAGUGUCUGUCGGAAUCACUGGAUCCACAGCGGCAGUUGCGGACGCCGCGGAUCCUCAGCUCUUUGUCAAAAUUCUCAUCGUCGAGAUCUUUGGCUCUGUUCUGGGGCUGUUUGGAUUGAUCGGUAAGCCCGCCAGCCAUGGUAUUGAUGCUGAUCGCCCUUUCCUACAGUCGGCUUAUUAGUUGUCAGUGCUAGUGCUCACUUGUCCCCUGCGACCAUAGCUGAUUCCUCAUGCAGGGCGGAAAGGCCGAAGAGUUCGCCUGAACGAAUGGGGCCAUACUCGCUCACUCGAUCAACCAUCUUCUCGAUCAGCACACCAUGUCAUAGCGACUGUUCAAUGCGUUUA